CUGCCAAUAACAGUUCGAGUUGCGCUCAGCUUCAACGCUACAUUCUGGAGGCAGUACAGAACGAAGUCCCCAUUCCGAGUAAUCUCUCAUAAUUACAGAGAAGAAGAUAAGCUGUAUGCCUAUAAUAUAAUAGGCUGCGUCGUCGAUUAAUUAGGUUACAUGGACUCAAGAGAAAGCUAAUUAUUUUGGCGAAUGAAUAUAAUUGCAUAGCCUAAUUAACGGCUUGGAAACUCAGUCGGCUCUUCACUACAAAUCUGACCUAGGCUACCUGUGUAGAGGGGUCUGAUUUGACUCAUAUCCUGGAAUUGGUAUCAUCAAUAGUUUUCUCGUGUGCUUUUCAUUCCGGUUUAUAUUUGUUUGUAGCAAACGGCUCCCGAGUGCGACUGGAAUACGCGUCUGCACCGGGGAUUGAAUUGAUACAUCAUAACCGACCGGAAUUCAGAUUGUGAAUAAACAAGACAUUGUCCAGGGUAACGUAACCUCACUCUACAAUCCAUCUGGGCAAAUUGAACGUGUAUUUCGGUAGCAGAGAGCGAUACUAAACCAGCAUAAUGCCUCUUGCACAUCUCGCGGAGCCCUGGCCCCAAAUGGAACUAGUUACACUGGACUCAGAGAAUGGGCAAAGCGUCACUGAGGAUGGGGUCCCACCUGCUGGUCACAAGGACAGGUCCCAUAUUACCUGGGUAGAGAAGGACUUUGCCAAUAUUACUGCCAAGGACAAUGAUGUCAUCAAGGAGAUCAACAUCACCAACGUGGUCAAGGAAGGCUCAGAGAAAGCCGACGCCCGCCAGUUUGAGCUGCUUAAAGUGCUGGGCCAGGGCUCCUUUGGCAAGGUGUUCUUGGUGCGGAAGGUGACGCCUCCCGACGACAACGAGCUGUAUGCUAUGAAGGUCCUGAGAAAAGCCACCCUCAAAGUGAGAGACCGGGUGAGGACCAAGAUGGAGAGAGAUAUCCUGGCAGACGUCAACCACCCCUUCGUGGUCAAACUCCACUAUGCAUUUCAGACAGAAGGAAAGCUCUACCUGAUCCUGGACUUUCUGAGAGGAGGAGAUCUCUUCACCAGACUGUCUAAAGAGGUGAUGUUCACAGAGGAGGAUGUGAAGUUCUACCUCGCAGAGUUGGCUCUGGGCCUGGACCACCUGCAUAGCCUGGGCAUCAUCUACAGAGACCUCAAACCUGAGAACAUUCUACUGGAUGAAGAGGGCCAUAUAAAACUCACAGAUUUUGGCUUGUGUAAGGAGGCUGUUGACCAAGAGAAGAAGGCCUACUCCUUCUGUGGUACGGUGGAAUACAUGGCGCCAGAGGUGGUGAACAGGCAGGGCCACGUACAGAGCGCCGACUGGUGGUCGUUUGGGGUACUGAUGUUUGAGAUGCUGACCGGAUCGCUUCCGUUCCAAGGGAAGGACCGCAAAGAGACCAUGAACCUCAUCCUCAAGGCCAGAUUGGGAAUGCCCCAAUUCCUCAGUACAGAGGCCCAGAGUCUCCUCCGAGCUCUGUUCAAGAGGAACCCCAUCAACAGAAUGGGGUCCGGGACGGAUGGUGCAGAGGAGAUCAAACGCCACACGUUCUUCUCCACCAUCGACUGGAACAAACUGUUCCGGCGAGAGAUCCCACCCCCGUUCAAGCCGGCGGUGGCCCGACCAGACGACACCUUCUACUUCGACUCGGAGUUCACCUCCCGCACACCCAAAGACUCCCCAGGUGUUCCACCCAGUGCCGGAGCCCACCAGCUCUUCCGGGGCUUCAGCUUCGUCGCCCCGGCCAUGCUGGAUGAGGAGGGGGCCAAGGAACCGGCCAAGCCCACACCACACCCAGUGGUCCAGCAACUCCAUGGAAAGAACGUGUUGUUCAGCGAUGGCUACAUGUUGAAGGAGGACAUCGGCAUGGGCUCUUUCUCCGUUUGCAAGCGCUGUAUCCACAAAGCCACCAACACCGAGUACGCCGCCAAGGUGAUUGACAAGACCAUGACAGACCCCUCAGAGGAGAUUGAGAUCCUGUUGAGAUACGGCCAGCACCCCAACAUCAUCACCCUGAAAGACGUGUAUGACAAUGGGAAGCAGGUGUAUCUGGUGACAGAGCUGAUGAGAGGUGGGGAGCUGCUGGACCGGAUCCUCAAACAGAAGAUCUUCUCCGAGCGAGAAGCCAGCUCCGUGCUCCACACCAUCACUAAGACUGUAGAAUACCUCCACGCACAGGGGGUUGUCCACAGGGAUCUAAAGCCCAGUAACAUCCUUUAUGUAGAUGAGUCGGGGAACUCUGAGUCUAUCCGGAUCUGUGACUUUGGUUUUGCCAAGCAGCUGAGAGCUGACAACGGCCUGCUCAUGACUCCAUGCUACACCGCUAACUUUGUAGCCCCGGAGGUGUUAAAGCGUCAGGGCUAUGACGAGGGCUGUGACAUAUGGAGUCUGGGAGUGUUGUUGUACACCAUGCUGGCUGGCUUCACGCCAUUUGCCAACGGGCCCGAGGACACUCCAGAUGAGAUCCUGAGCAGGAUAGGCAGCGGUCACUUCACCCUGACUGGAGGCAACUGGGAUGCCGUGUCGGAAGCAGCGAAGGACCUGGUGUCUAAGAUGCUUCAUGUGGACCCUCACCAGCGGCUGACCGCAAUGCAGGUCCUCAAGCACCCCUGGAUUGUCCAGAGGGACAAGCUAUCCAACAGCCAGCUGCAGCACCAGGAUGCCAAGCUAGUCAAGGGGGCGAUGGCUGCCACCUACUCUGCCUUGAAGAGCUCCCAUCCCACCCCGGAGCUCAAGCCCAUUGAGUCGUCCUUCCUGGCCCAGCGACGUGUCAAGAAGCUCCCCUCCACCUCUCUGUAGAUCCACCAGAGAGAGAACCAUGAACACCCUCAGACUCUAGCUAGAACAUCAGCCAGUACAGGAACAUGUCACAGGACUGAAGAGACCGGUAGAUCCCCUCUAUCUAACCAGCUAAGGACCACUGACUACUCUACUGCUGUCUCCUUCCCUGGCAGUGAUAUCAAUACUCUGCUGCAGUCUCCUACCCUGCCAACGAUAUAACUACUCUGCUGUAGUCCCUUCCCCUGCCAAUGAUAUCGCUACUCUGCUGCAGUCUCCUCCCCUGCCAACUAUAUCUCUACUCUGCUGUAGUCCCCUGCCAACGAUAUCUCUACUCUGCUGUAGUCCCCUGACAGUGAUAUCACUACUCUGCUGUAGUCCCCUGACAGUGAUAUCACUACCCCUGCUGUAGUCCCCUGACAGUGAUAUCACUACUCUGCUGUAGUCCCCUGCCCUGCCAACGAUAUCACUACUCUGCUCUAGUUCCCUGCCAACAAUAUCACUACUCUGCUGUAGUCCCCUGCCAGUGAUAUCACUACUCUGCUGUAGUCCCCUGACAGUGAUAUCACUACUCUGCUGUAGUCCCCUGCCAGUGAUAUCACUACUCUGCUGUAGUCCCCUGCCAGUGAUAUCACUACUCUGCUGUAGUCCCCUGCCAGUGAUAUCGCUACUCUGCUGUAGUCCCCUGACAGUGAUAUCACUACUCUGCUGUAGUCCCCUGUCAGUGAUAUCACUACUCUGCUGUAGUUCCCUGCCCUGCCAGUGAUAUCACUACUCUGCUGUAGUCCCCUUCCAGUGAUAUCACUACUCUGCUGUAGUCCCCUGCCAGUGAUAUCACUACUCUGCUGUAGUCCCCUGCCAGUGAUAUCACUACUCUGCUGUAGUCCCCUGCCAACGAUACCACUACUCUGCUGUAGUCCCCUGCCAGUGAUAUCGCUACUCUGCUGUAGUCCCCUGCCAGUGAUAUCGCUACUCUGCUGUAGUCCCCUGCCAGUGAUAUCACUACUCUGCUGUAGUCCCCUGCCAGUGAUAUCAAUACUCUGCUGUAGUCCCCUGCCAGUGAUAUCACUACUCUGCUGUAGUCCCCUGCCAACGAUACCACUACUCUGCUGUAGUCCCCUGCCAACGAUAUCACUACUCUGCUGUAGUCCCCUGCCAACGAUAUCACUACUCUGCUGUAGUCCCCUGCCAACGAUAUCACUACUCUGCUGUAGUCCCCUGCCAACGAUAUCACUACUCUGCUGUAGUCCCCUGCCAACGAUAUCACUACUCUGCUGUAGUUCCCUGCCAGUGAUAUCGCUACUCUGCUGUAGUCCCCUACCAACGAUAUCGCUACUCUGCUGUAGUCCCCUGCCAGUGAUAUCGCUACUCUGCUGUAGUCCCUUCCCCUGCCAACGAUAUCGCUACUCUGCUGUAGUCCCCUGCCAACGAUAUCACUAUGCUGUAGUCCCCUGCCAACGAUAUCACUACUCUGCUGUAGUCCCCUGCCAGUGAUAUCACUACUCUGCUGUAGUCCCUUCCCCUGCCAACGAUAUCACUACUCUGCUGUAGUCCCUUCCCUGCCAACGAUAUCACUACUCUGCUGUAGUCCCCUGCCAACGAUAUCACUACUCUGCUGUAGUCCCCUGCCAACGAUAUCGCUACUCUGCUGUAGUCCCCUGCCAACGAUAUCGCUACUCUGCUGUAGUCCCCUGCCAGUGAUAUCACUACUCUGCUGUAGUCCCCUGACAGUGAUAUCGCUACUCUGCUGUAGUCCCCUGCCAACGAUAUCGCUACUCUGCUGUAGUCCCUUCCCCUGCCAACGAUAUCACUACUCUGCUGUAGUCCCUUCCCCUGCCAACGAUAUCACUACUCUGCUGUAGUCCCCUGCCAACGAUAUCACUACUCUGCUGUAGUUCCCUGCCAGUGAUAUCACUACUCUGCUGUAGUCCCCUGCCAGUGAUAUCACUACUCUGCUGUAGUCCCCUGCCAACGAUAUCACUACUCUGCUGUAGUCCCCUGCCAGUGAUAUCGCUACUCUGCUGUAGUCCCCUGCCAGUGAUAUCACUACUCUGCUGUAGUCCCCUGCCAACGAUAUCACUACUCUGCUGUAGUCCCCUGCCAGUGAUAUCACUACUCUGCUGUAGUCCCCUGCCAGUGAUAUCACUACUCUGCUGUAGUCCCCUGACAGUGAUAUCACUACUCUGCUGUAGUCCCCUGACAGUGAUAUCACUACUCUGCUGUAGUCCCCUGCCAGUGAUAUCAAUACUCUGCUGUAGUCCCCUGCCAGUGAUAUCACUACUCUGCUGUAGUCCCCUGCCAGUGAUAUCAAUACUCUGCUGUAGUCCCCUGACAGUGAUAUCACUACUCUGCUGUAGUCUCCUGACAGUGAUAUCAGUAGUUAAUCUUUCCUCUUGGAUGGGCUUCUGGGCAUGGUCACUUGAUGUCAAUCAACCUGGACUAGCAACAAGACAUGGUUGAGGAUGAGGGGGCAGUGGGGUAGGGGCAGGUUAUGACAAAUUUGUUAGCAGUAUAUUUUGGAUAAAAGGUGUGUGUGCGUGAGUUUGAGACAACCUGCUACCACGGAGGACGUUGAUGAUCAUUGAGGAUGUUUCUGUUGUGUUUUUUGUUCUGCUGUCGUUUUGAUUGGCUCUGCAUCUCCCCUCAGCAUCGCUGUGAUUGGCUGUCGCUAAACUCUCUGCAUGUCUGUCUGUUUGGUGUGUCGUUCUCUCUCCAAUUGAUCAGCUUGCCAAAUCGAUUUGUGUGUUUUUGCUGUUUUACCAUUGAAAGCUGGAAGGGACAAUGGCACAAAACGAGAUCACAGUCCAUCACUAUCAUUUUCCUACAUUUUGAAUGAACAUUAAAAGAAAGAAAAAAACAUUUAGCCAUAAAUGCCUCUCGUUUUUGAGACUAUACUGGAACUAGGAAUUCUGGGUAAUGUAGUCAAUGCUAAUGUUUUUUCCAGGCUGAAUGUCUCACUCUCCAUUGCAUGACUUGCAGUGUGUAUAGUCCAGGGAAGGGUUCAGAAAGUUGUUUGCAUGGUCUGGUGCAGUGUGGCGUCAUGUUGCUUUGUCCUUCUCUUCUCUUAUCUUUUCUUGGUGACAUUUCCGAUCCUGAGAAGAAGAAAAGAUUUGAGAUAUGGCCAAAUAUUUUUAUUGUAAAAAAAAAUAAAAAAGAGAAAAUAAUAUCUGUAAUACCACUAACCAGGUGGAAUGUUGAAA